ACCCCCCGCGCUUUGUUGAUGUUCGUCACCACGGCACCCUUUUCCGCCAGCGGCCUACUUUACACUGAGAGCCGCUCGUCGCGGUUCACUCUGUCCCGUCGUGCAAUACGCUUUGUUGACGUUCGUCACCACGGCAGCCUUGCUGACACGAUUUGUAUUCUACGUCUUGCGGCGAUAUUGACAGAUUUCCCAUAGAAACGGAUGGAUGUCCGGCGCUGCAAGAAGCGAAGCCGCUGGAGAUGCAGGUGUCUCUGGCCGUUUACAUUACCGAGCCGGGUUAGCAAGACUACCAACCAGAUGGGUUCGUUCUGACUAUCGUCUUGUGUAUAAGCCGGUACUUUGGUCGUGGUGGUGAUGAUGACCUGAAAGAAAUAGUGGCGUGUACUCAGAAUGGGUCCAGAUGUCCCUUUACUAAAUGAAUACAAGCAAGAAUUCUUCUGGAAACGAUUUCCUCAGACAGUACUUGGAGGAUUACGGCUAAAACUUGGCUACUGUGCCCCACCAUAUAUCUAUAUAAACCAGAUAAUUCUUUUCUUAAUACCAUGGGUUUUUGGAGGUGUAGGGACCAUACUGCAUCAGCUGCUGCUCUUAGAAGACUAUUACGCUGCUGCUCUGUCAGGAGGGUUAAUGGUGGUUGCUGGAUUUGUUAUCCAGAUCAUGAAUGUAUAUGCCAGACGCAGAGUUGCCUCUGUCGAAAGACUACAGACCCAGAAUAUCCUCACAGAUGAAGAGGAGUUUGAGUUUUCCAGUUGUGCUGCCUCAGAUACCAUCAAGUUUAUCAUAUCUGGGAAAAGGUUUAUUUUUAACACUAUUUUUCAUCCUUUUCUAGCAGGUGCCUUGUGUGGUUUGGGGACCUGGUAUUUAUUACUUGACAGAUUGACUUCUUUGUACAACAAUACAGGUGCCACUGUUAUCAUCUUUAUUUUUGGAUGGAUAACCUUAUGCAUUGCUGAAUAUUCAUUAAUUAUAAAUACAGCCACUGAAACUGCUACAUUCCAACCACAAGAUACAUAUGAAAUCACUCCUCUUACUCGACCUGUCUACAUUUUUGCCUUCAUAGCAGUGGAUCUUGCACAAAGGUUUAUUAACAACAUUCCAGAUCUUCAGCAGGCUAACCAGGUUUUGCACAUUAUAUUUCUGUUUCUUCCUCUUCUCUGGGCCUUUGGUGUACUUUCCCCAGUCGAUGCACUUUUUCUGUGGGGCAUGGAACAGACUCUAGUGUUUGGUCUUGGAGGUUCACCAAUGUCAACCAAUAUAGGGCUGGUGCUGAUGUUCAUCAUUUCCACUGGAGUAGCUGUAGGAGCUUAUUUUAUUCCAAGCUCACUUGGAGUUGUGCUUUUCACAGCUGGAAUGGGAUUUUUUUUAAGUCUUGACCUGACUCAGAUAAAGUUCCUCUUCAGGUUCUGCUGUAGAAGACCUGAGUUUGUGAAGGGAUAUAAAGAUUUACCAAGCAGUUUUGGUUGGAGACUUGGUUGGCGAGAAGUCUUUCUUUAUCAGGCUAUCCUAGUAAUAGCACUGGCAGAAGCUGGUCUACUACAUCAUUUUGUAACUUCUUCAGAGACCUCCUCAACAAGCCCUCAGGCUAUCAUCAGCUAUAUCUUGAUCACAUUGCUUGCUCUUGUAUGGACCCUGCGAGAAAUUCAAGAUGUAUACAUUCUCUUUGGAGUCUUCCGUAAUCCAUUUUACCCAAAACAAAUUCAGAAUGUUAAUCUUUUUAAGCAACAACAAGUCCGGCUUAAGAAGGCUGGGAUUUUUAGGAGACUGCUCAUCAGUUUUGUGUCACCGUUUGCCAUGAUUGCCUUUCUUUCCAUCGAUAUUUCCUUGCAGAACCUCCACACUGCAUCUCUCAGCAUUGGAUUUACUAGAGCUUUUCGAACACUAUGGCAGAACACUGAAAAUGCUUUGAUGGAGAUGGUGAUCGUUGCAAUUUUGCGUUUGGCAGCUUUAAACAACAAUAUGGAAUGGUGGGACAGUUUGGGUACUGGAGUUCAGCUGCUCCUGGUUGGAAUUAUAUGGGAUCGCCUGACUCAAUUCAUGUUGAAGCUGAAAUUUGCAUUAACUGUACUUAUCACUUCAUGGACGGAAAAGAAGCAGAGAAGAAAGUCCAGUGCAACUCUUAUAAUCCUGAAUACUGUCUUUUUUCCAAUGCUACUGGCGAUCAUAACCUUUUCGGCAGUAAUAUCUGCACCUCUGCUGCCUCUCUUUACAUUACCUUUGUUCCUUAUUGGCUUCCCCAGACCAGUACGGACUUGGCCAGGUUCUGUUGGUGCUACUGCCUGCACAUGUCCAGAUUCUGUAUAUUAUCAGCAGAUGUCCUUGGGUCUGGCCAAAGCUUUCCAAAAUGCUUUUUCCACUGGCUGUCUAGGCAUUCCUUCUCCUGGAUCUCACUUUCUUUGCCGGUUUCAGGAUCGUGUUAUGUGGAUCAUGCUCCUCGAAAGUGGAUUCAGCUACUGUACUGUCAAUAUUAAGGGUUUGGAACUUCAGGAGACUUCCUGUCACACAGCAGAGGCUCGCAGAGUUGAUGAAGUGUUAGAAAUGGCUUUUGAAAAUGAGGAGCAAGCAGACCAGUCUUGCAUUAACCACCAUUUUGGAAACAUAUUGACUCCAUGUGCUGCACUUCCUGUUCGACUUUACUCAGAUGCCAGAAAUGUGCUCACUGGAAUCAUUGACUCCCAUGAAAACUUGAAGCAGCUGAAGGAUGACUUUAUUAAAGUCCUUGUGUGGGUUCUCUUGCAGCAUUGCUCAAAACAAUAUGUCACAUUUGAUGGUGGUGUAACAGAACAUACCUAUGGGAAUGAAGUUACAAGUAAUGUAGCAGAGACAAAUGUUAAGGUUAGCGACACUGUGAAAAAUGCUCAACAGUCCAGCAGGAAAACCCCUAGUUUGAACUCUGAGACCUUUGAUGAUUGGUCAGAUGAUGAUGAGGAUUUGUUUGGUCUCGAAACCAAAAAGCAAAAUUCAGAAAAAAAGAAAGAAAGAACCCCAAAGCAGACUUCCAAUUCACUUCCAGGCUCUGUAAAUGGGGAACAUCAUUUUGGAGGUAUACAAUCUUCUAUCAAAGCCCUUCCUUCUGGAGUAUUAGGGCUUCCAGCUAUAGACAAAGGGAAGGACUAUGAAGAAAUGAGUAGGUUGGGUGCCGUGCCUAUGGUUAUCUUUAGCUCUCCUCUUUCAAAGCAUUUAAAUGUGCCACAGGAGUGGAGAUCAGGUCCCCUUCAAGGUUCUAAGAUGAACCAGCUAAUUAAACUUUUCCCAGAGGGCUGGUACAAGUUUGUCAUCAGCCGGCUAGACAUUGGUGGUAAAGAAGGAGGGCCUUCUGACAUUAUAGAAGGAGUUCAGAAUGAUGAUUCCCUGUUGCAGCUCCAUGCUUGCACAGUGAUGACUUGCUAUGGAUUAACACUGGGAGCCGAGUCUUCAAUAACCAAUCCUAAUUGUGUAUACCGAAUGUACUGUGGAGAUCUUCCCUGGACGAUAGGAUUAGACUGGCUCUCAGAAAAAUCUGACCUUUUUCAACUUGUUCUGAAGGCUUUCAGGUAUGCCUUUAAGUUGAUGUUUGACAAAGCCAGUUUAGGCCCAGUAGAGGACUUUGAAGAGCUGGCCAACUAUUUGGAGGAAUAUGAAAAGGAUUGGUACAUUGGUUUAGUGUCGGAUGUAGGCUGGAAAUUGGCAGUUCUGCAAGAAAAGCCUUAUCUCUUCUCUCUUGGCCAUGAUCCCACGAUGGGCACAUAUACGGGCCGUGUUCUUAGUCUGCAGGAACUGUUGGUGCAAGUGGGAAAGUUAAAUGCAGAAGGCAUCAGAGGGCAGUGGGCCAACCUAUCCUGGGAGCUGCUGUAUGCAACCAACGAUGAUGAAGAACGCUACAGUAUCCAAGCGCAUCCCGUUUUGCUGCGCAACCUCACGGUGCAGUCUGCAGAUCCACCACUCGGUUAUCCAAUCUACUCCUCCAGACCCCUACAUGUGCCUUUGUUUUGACAUGCCACAAUGGGAUCUUUAACUCUGUCAGGAGGGUGAGCUGUGCACUUUUUGCAUCAAACAUGUUUAUACCAGGACUUUUAUAUCGCUCAUAAAGGCAAUAGAAUCCAAAUCAUUGUUUUAGGGUGCAGAACCGUGGUCAUUGUCACAUGUGGAAGAUGCGGGUAUAAAUUAGAACUGUACCUAUUGAUCUUAUAACAUGAUAAACAAUAGCAAAGAAUGCUGCUGAAGGGAUUUGCAUUG